AUGCAAUCGAAUCCAGUCACUGCAACAGCUGAACCAGGCCCUAUAACCAUUACUCUAUCUCGCUUCCAUCUCAAAUUAUUUAUUUUCCAGGUCUUCCAACGACGUUUCGACGGCUCCGUCAAUUUUUACAGGACUUGGUUGGAGUACGAGGAUGGAUUCGGUAAUCUGAAGGGAGAAUUCUGGCUUGGAAACCGUUUCAUAAGUCAGUACACAUCUGGCAAGAGUAACUUCACACUGAAGGUGAUUGCUGUAGCCUUCGACUUAAAAAGAGCGAGUGGCUACUUGUACGACUUCAAAGUGGCUGGUGGUAGUUUGAAUUAUAUGAUAAUGUACUCGUCCUCCAUCAUCACCACCGUCAUCAUAUUUUCAUCAGCUUGCUUCAUCCAGAAUAAUCAGUCGUUUUCCACUUGGGAUAGAGAUAAUGAUGGGUUGCAGACAAAUUGUGCGAUGUAUUACAAAGGAGCUUGGUGGUACUACGACUGCCACUUCAGUAAUUUCAACGGCUUCUAUUACGCCGGUGGCUACCACAGCUCGUUCGCUGAUGGCUUGGAUUGGCUACAAUUUAAAGGGUACUACGAAUCGAUGAGGAUGACCUGGAUGAUGAUUAUGAAAAGUGGAUAA